CUUUUGGACGCGUGCUUGGCGUCAUUGCCCCUGGUAGGCUUGCCACUCAUUCUCUCCUUCGCAUGGUGUUCCCCCACUGGCACCGCCGCUGCGUUUCCUAGCUGGGGGCAGGUAAGACCACAGUGCCAUCUUGGCGGACUGUACUAUCACUGUGGUGUUGGUUGCCCCGACGUCUCUUCGCCUAGGGCGACCUUUUUCUCACUUUUGCCGUGGCGCAGCAAGCUCGCGUAG